GACAGCAGAACUGGCGCACGUGACGUAGGAAAACCCCGAUCUCUUCCCACCUGCUGCACUGCAAAGGAUCACAAGGAUCGACGAUUUCUCAAAGUCACAGGCUACAACAGGAGGCACCAUGGCUAGUCCAAACGGCCAAGGAGAUACUCUAACCAUCCAGGCUGCCGAGUUUCAGCGCUUGCAAUCCCAGCUGAUAGACCUGAGGACCACCAACUAUCAGCUGAAAGAAGAACAGCAGAAGCAAGCAUCAGAGAUUGACCAGCUAAAUGACGAGCUGCAGACGAAGGGGCGAGAGCUGGACAAAGCCAAUAAAGUAUUGCAUAGAAGCAAGAAGGCAAAGGAGAUGUCGUCUCUUCUGGAGGAGAACAAUAGUCUACAGCAGAAACUACAGUCUCAGGAAGACGACUUCAACCUGCAGAACAGGACUCUGAUGGAAGAAAUCAGCAGAGUGUGUGAGGAGAAUGAGGGACUGAAGACUCGGCUGAAGAAGACGGGAGGAGGAGAGGGAGAAGGUCUCACUAGACUGAGAGCCGAAAACACCGCCCUCCAGAAAUCACUGCAG